GGGCCGCCGGCAGCAGAGGUCUGAGAUCCAGAGGAGUCAUGGCUGCUGUGUUCGCUGUCCUUCUGUUGGGGCUGCUGGCCGCCGCCGCCGCCGCCGACGUCCCCGCCGCCCCCAGCUGUGAUGAUGUCAUCACCCCGCUCCGCAGGGACCAAGCAGACAAGGCGUUGGGCUCCUGGGUUCUGGUAGGUGUCGUGACAGAUAGGAAGACGGGUCUGCCUCUGCCCGCCAGCUCCUUCAUGGAGCUCUCGCUGUCGGAGGACAACAGCUCCUUCACCUACAUGGAGAGGAACGGGUUGGGCAAUGAGCCAUGUAACCGGUUCCGCAUCAUGGGCAACAUUACGGACGACGCCAACCUCACUCUGAGGCUCCACACUCUGGUCCCUCUCUGUGCUGCAGUGAGUGAGCUUGGCAGCCCCCGGGAGUGCUUCGGACUGAUCACUCUGUUCCAGAGCUGUCCUUCCUGCCCUGAGGACCGGCUCACCUUCAACUACAGAGGCGGAGACAACCCCACAGACAGCAACUCCACCGCCGUCCAGUUCGUAAUGAACUACAGGAGGGAGGGGGAGCACCAGGACCUGGAGGCUCUGAAGGAGGUUCCUCUGAGCACCAGACAGCAGGCCGCGUGCCUCAACAUGACAGAAAUCACCGGGGAGUACAGCUACGACGGAGUAACAGGUGAGGCCUACCGUACAGCGAGGCCUACCGUAGAGCGAGGCCUACUGUAGAGUGAGGCCUACUGUAGAGUGAGGCCUACCGUAGAGUGAGGCCUUCCGUAGAGUGAGGCCUACCGUACAGCGAGGCCUACUGUAGAGUGAGGCCUACUGUAGAGUGAAUCCUACUGAAGAGCGAGGCCUAGCGAACAGUGAGGCCUACUGUAGAGUGAGGCCUACUGUAGAGUGAGGCCAGCUGUACAAUGAGGCCUACCGUAUAGUGAGGCCUACUCUAGAGUGAGGCCUACUGAUGAGUGAGGCCUACUGUAUGGUGAGGCCUACCGUAGAGUGAGGCCUACUGUAGAGUGAGGCCAGCUGUAUGGUGAGGCCUACCGUAGAGUGAGGCCUACCGUAGAGUGAGGCCUACUGUAGAGUCAGGCCUAUCGUAGAGUGAGGUCUACUGUACGGUGAGGCCUACUGUAGAGUGAGGUCUACUGUUGAGUGAGGCCUACUGUACGGUGAGGCCUACCGUAGAGUGAGGCCUACUGUAGAGUGAGGCCUAGUGUAGAGUGAGGCCUACUGUACAAUGAGGCCUACCGUACAUUGAGGCCUACUGUAGAGUGAGGCCUACUGUACAGUGAGACUUACUGUAGAGUGAGGCCUACUAUAGGGUGAGGCCUACUGUAGAGUGAGGCCAACUGUAGUGUGAGGCCUACUGUAGAGUUUCAGUAGAGUACCAGGAGAGUACCAGCAGAAUACCCGUAGAGCAUCAGUCCUACAGUAGAGUACCAGUAGAGCAUCAGUCCUACAGUUGAGUACCAGUAGAGUACCAGUAGAGUAUUAGUCCUACAGUAGAGUAUCAGUAGAGUACCAGUAGAGUAUAAUGCAGUACUAAUGUUGAUCUCCUGUCUCUCUCAGAGUUGUGUCUCAGGAAGAAACCGACAACUGAAGAUCUAUUCUCUGCUCCGAAAUAAAUCAGAAAUAAAAUCUCUAUUCAAAGUGA